CAACAACAAACAACAUGAAGGGACUGGAUAAUGAAGGAAGACCUGCCCUCCUCGCAAUCCUGGAAGUUGCAAGACACAGAGACAGAAGUUAAAAUGCCUGUUUUCAAACAUCCAGAAUAUCCAGAAGCGACUUUACUUCGCUUGGAAAGUUUGGUGCUUUUUCGGGAACCUCAAGUGUCCACCUUGUUAUCAAUCUUCGGAGAGCGUCAGCAUUUGAGCUUCCCAUCCCUUUUUAUCUAUGGACACACAUCCAGUGGGAAGACUUAUGUGAUGCAGACUCUUCUGAAAACCUUAGAGCUACCUCAUGUGUUUGUGAACUGUGUUGAAUGUUUCACUUCAAGACUGCUCCUUGAAGAAAUUUUGAGACAGUUACAAAGCCUUUCCUCGAAGGAAGAAUCUCCUGUUCUUCCAUUCUGUGAUACGUUCAACGAUUUCAUACUAUUUAAGCAGGCAACUAUGACACCUGAUCUCCAGAAACAAACUUUGUAUGUGGUUUUGGAUAAAGCAGAGCAGCUGAGGGAACUAGAAACAAACCUCUUGCCAGGUUUCCUUAGACUACAAGAACUGACGGAGAGAAAUGUGACUGUGGUCCUUCUUAGUGAAAUUGUGUGGGAGCUGCUUCGUCCAGCUACAGGAUGCCUUGAACCACUUCCGUUGUUUUUUCCGGACUACAGCAUAGGACACCUACAAAAGAUUCUGUCCCAUGACCAUCCUCCGGAGUAUUCUUUUGAUUUUUAUGCUGCAUAUAAUAUUCUGCUUGGAGUUUUCUAUCCUGUCUGCAGGGACCUGAAGGAGCUCCGACACUUAGCUGCACUCAAUUUUUCUAAGUACUGUGAGCCUGUGGUCCAGCAAAAGGCAAGUGAACGUGACACACGCAAACUUUGGAAAAAUAUUGAAUCCCACUUGAAGAAAGCUAUGCAGACUGUUUAUCUGCGGGAAAUAUCAAGCUCCCAGUGGGAACAAUUACUCCAGGAUGAUGGUGAAGCCGGGCAACUAAAAGGACUUUCAGCCCACGCUCAUGUAGAACUUCCAUAUUAUUCCAAGUUCCUACUAAUAGCUGCAUACCUUGCUUCUUACAACCCUUCCAGGACAGAUAAGAGGUUCUUCGUUAAGCAUCAUGGAAAAAUUAGGAAGAAAAACUUUCAGAAGAAACAAGAAAAGACCAGCAAUCACCUUCUUGGGCCAAAGCCAUUCCCUCUGGACAGAUUGUUAGCAAUAUUGCAUAGCAUUGUUGAUAGCAGAGUUGCUCCAACUGCAAAUAUAUUUUCUCAGAUCACUUCCCUUGUGACGCUACAACUCCUCUCAUUAGUAGGCCACGAUGACCAGCUCAAUGGACCAAGAUACAAGUGCAGUGUUUCUCUAGAUUUUAUCAGAUCCAUUUCAAGGACUGUGAACUUUGACAUCAUAAAGUACUUGUAUGACUUCCUGUGAAGACCAUCUGGACACUGGGAUGACAACUAAGGCAAUUGGUGUUCCUCUAUCUACUUUAGCCAUCCAGCGAGAGGAGACUUUGGGCUCUAUUGGAUUUGUCCAAAACAGGUGCUGGCUCAGCAUGGGAUCUGAUGAAAACACUAGUUGGUCUGGAUGGAUCUGAGCUGAGGACUAUUUACCCAAGACCCUGGAGUAUUUGGAAAGAACGUGUUAAUUAUAAACAGCAGGGACCAAGCACAAUCUGUUCUGCUCUUAAUGAUGUUAUCUUAACGCUGAAAUUGCCUGAAACCCAUUUUACUAAGGAGUGUAUUUUGUGCUAUGAUGAAGGUCUCCCCCUGUGCUUUGAACAUGGCAGCAGCCUUGUUUGUAUGCCCAGUCUUUUCACUUCCUCUCCAUGGGAACCUUUUGCAUUUGUCUGCCAAACAGCUCGGUCCUAAGGCCACCUUUUAAGAAAUUGGAAUAGAAAAUACAAUAAACUUAAAAACCAAGCUGCUUAUCUUUCA